AUGGCCACGCAGUCGCCAGCGCGCGCAAAGCUCGUCGCGCAAAUCAGUCACGCGGAGUACGCUCUUGUCCAUGCCGACGCCAAGUAUCAGGCCAGCCUGAAGCAGCCGUUGAGGUUCGGCACGCCUAGGCCCUAUGCCUCCGACCCGCUGAAGUCGGCGCUGUACGCGGAGCGCGAGGCUGCGUUCAACGUUCUGAAGGAGAAGAAACAAGCCUUGUGGGAUUAUGAUCAUCCCGCCGGCGUCAAGAAUUCUUGGAUCAAGUCGGUCCACGUGCCGAAGCCUGCCACGACUGUUCUGAAGCCUGUGAAGGUCUACGACCUGCCCGCUGCUGGAAAGGAUGAGGACGGCGUCGGAGAGGAUGCUGUCGCGACGAAGGCGGAACUGGUUGUGAAGCAGGAGCUCGACGAGAAGCCGACCCCCAUCACGGAUGUUUCCAGCGAGGAGCUCGACAAGAGGGCGACCCCGGUCAUGGAGACCUCCGUUGAUGAGCCCAAGGAGAAGCCGACCCACGUCGCGGAGCCUCCUGUCGAGGAGUCCGAUGAGGAGCCUAUCCCCAUCACGGAGGCUGCCGUCGCGGACCCCGGUGAGAAGCCGACCCCCGUCUCGGAGGUUUCUAUCGAGGAGCUCAAGGACACGACUCCCCUCGCCAAGGAGAAGACUGCCCCGCGAGGCACGAAGCGUAGCGCCGAGCCGUCGAUCUUCAUGCCCAAGAGUAAGCGCAAGCUCCCGACCCAGCGGCCGAACAGGGCCACGUUCGCCAAAAUCCAAACGCUUGGCGAGGUAAGCUCCUAUGAUCAGCAUCUUGCGAAGGAGCGCGGGAAGCAGGAGGCGAAGAACAGGGGCUGCAGGCGAGCACCGACAGUUGCGGAUGGAGUCUACAGGGCCUCCACCACGCCCUAUAGCGCGAUGCGUCAGCAGGACAUUGUUCAGCGCCAAGUAAAGGACACAUCAGAUCCUAUUUCGACGGAGUUCAACAAGCACGGCAAGAAGCGUGCGCAGGCCAUGGCGGAGAAGAGCGAAAGUUCGCCACAGAGCCCGGCCAACAAGCAUCAGGAGGUUGACAGCCGGGAGGGCGGACUAAUCCAGCCUCUGGGCGCGUCCACCUCCAAGGGCACCAAGCGUUCGUUGUCGGACGCCAAGGCCUCAGACCUUGAUUCCGACACUGAGGGGAGGCAUGCCAAGCGGCUGCGCAGCACUCCAUUGACUCCCAAGAAGGUCUGUAAGCUGCCGAACAACCCCAAGGCUAGGUACUCCCAGCCCUUCAGCCCGCGCCGCCCUGCCAGGCCUACGUACGUUCGACAGUAG